AUGUCGGAACAAAGUAAAGACGUGAGAGACCCCAGCUUUUCAGCCGAGUCUUCCCAAGUCGAGGUGGACAGUACCCCUGAGGUUCCGUGGACACUCCCACCUCCAGCCUCUGAGGCCCAGACCAUUUCAGAACCACAGAAUCUUCCUCUUAGACCACAAGAUGCUCAACAGGACACCGCACAGGCCUUCUCGCUGGAGCCCCAGGCCAUAAGUGACAAGGGGGCCCCAAAGGACCUGCAGGAGGCGGAGGAAGAAGCACGCCGCCAGGCCCUAAGCGGGCCCUGGCUACCGCCCAGCCACUCGCCGCCAGGCCCUGCGCAGCUGGUGCAGAAGGCCCACGAGCUCAUGUGGUACGUGCUGGUGAAGGAGCAGAGGAAGGCGGGCAUCUGGUUCCCCGACAUGGUCAAGGAUGUCAUUGGCAGCUACAAGAAGUGGUGCAGGAGCAUUCUCAGGCGCACCAGCCUCAUCCUCGCCCGCGUGUUCGGGCUCCAACUUCGGCUGACCAGUCUGCACACAAUGGAGUUCUCGCUAGUCAGAGCGCUGGAGCCCGAGGAGCUGGACAGGGUGGCGCUGGGCAGCCACAUGCCCAUGGCAGGCCUUCUUCUGAUGAUCCUCAGCCUCGUUUACGUGAAAGGGCGCGGGGCUAAAGAGAGUGCGGUGUGGAACGUGCUGCGCAUCCUCGGCCUGCGGCCCUGGAAGAUGCACCCCACCUUUGGGGAGGUGAGAAAGCUCAUUGUGGAGGAGUUCGUGCAGCAGAAUUACCUAAAGUACCAGCGCGUGUUGCACGUUGAACCACCAGAGUAUGAGUUCUCCUGGGGUUCCCGAGCUAGCCUCGAAAUUACGAAGAUGCAAAUCAUGGAAUUCCUGGCCAGAGUCUUUAAGAAAGACCCUCAGGCCUGGCCUUCCCGGUACAGAGAAGCUCUGGAGCAGGCCAGAGCCCUGCAGGAGGCAGAGAUGGCUGUCCACCACCCCCGCAGCAGCGUUUCCGAGGACGACUAG